CAGAAUGCAGCGCGGGCGUCAUCCGCUCACAUUCGGAGAGGCGGAUCGGCUUCGGCCGCGCUCGGUCUUCGCCAUAACUGGGUAACGGCGGCUGCUGUUGUGGGCUCUGGAGCCUGAGCUGGGUGAAUCAGGAUGGGCGACAAACCGAUCUGGGAGCAGAUUGGAUCCAGCUUUGUGCAGCACUAUUACCAGCUGUUUGACACAGACCGGACCCAGCUGGGAGCAAUAUACAUUGAUGCAUCAUGCCUUACGUGGGAAGGACAGCAAUUCCAGGGAAAAGCAGCGAUAGUCGAGAAACUGUCAAGCCUCCCCUUUACAAAAAUCGCUCACAGCAUAACGGCACAGGACCAUCAGCCUACACCUGACAGCUGUAUACUAAGUAUGGUUGUAGGACAGCUAAAGGCCGACGAGGACCCUAUCAUGGGGUUCCACCAAGUGUUCCUCCUGAAGAACAUUAACGAUGCCUGGGUGUGUACCAAUGAUAUGUUCCGGCUGGCACUACACAAUUUUGGCUAAACGUGGGAGGCUGCACACGCGACAAGGGUGUGUGGACGGGGGCUCCCAGCCAUUCACCCUCUGCCCGCCCCGCCCCACCUUGUCUUGCCCCACCCCAACCUGUCCUGCCAUGACCCCCUCCCACCUCCACCUCUGACAUCUGGUUGCCUUUGUGGCAGUGCCCCCCCCCCCAAUCCAUCCACGCCUCUCCAAGAAUUGUUCUGCUCCUACACCGGGAUCCCAAAUGAGCACCGUUCACGGUGGCACUGAAUCCGGCGGCCGGGAUUGGGCUGCGAAGCCGCCGUGCUGUGUAGUACAGACUGAUGCGCUCCAUAGCCGCGUCGCCGUGGUGAUUCCGCGGUAAUGAGCCUCACCUGCUGCGCCGCACUGUCCUGCAUGCUGUUGGGAUGCUCCAACACCUGCAUCUGGGAUCUGGGAGAUGCCAAGGGAAACAAAACUCUCCUACCUUCACAAUAUUUUGUAUUUUAAUUAUAUUCCUGUAUUUUUCCUAAUCCUUGUUUCCCCGAUAGUUCAGUGUGAUGUUGCCAGCAUGCCUUAGUCAUCGUACUUACUGUUUUAUUGAAAUAAGAAGCUAUAAUUUUUUAAUGCGCUUCAUUGGUUGCUCUAGCGAUCCAAAGAACCAAACCAUGUCUAAACCCACUCUGCUCCCUGCUGACUCCACCUUCCUGCCCUCACCCCCCCCCCCUCCUCUGCCAGGAUGACGUCUGAAGCCACGACGCAAUAAACCGUGACUUUUUUUCUUAAUCUUGGAAUCUGUGUUAUUCCUCCAACCUCUUUUCUGUCUUUGUCAGGUUUUGUCAGCUUGUUUUUGUCUGUUCUUUUUUUUUUGUGAAUCUGUUAAAACAUAUUGUGUGUAUGAAUGUACAUGUGUCAGUGGUAUGCUGCUCUGUUGUGCCUUUUAGGCCGCAAAAGCAGGAAGGUGUGCUACUGACAUGGGCCUGGAAUACAAAACCUGGUGCCUAAAAAUCCUGAUAUGUUCAGCUGUUUCCAAGGGCAAUACUGGGAACAAAGCUACUAAGUCUGCCAGUCAUAGCCAGGUUUGAUUUAGUUUUCAGUGAGAUUUGUGAGUUGGUCUCCUGCAGCAAUAUGUAAUCAAGCAGAUAAACAUUGUAUCAAUUUAGCGCAGGUGCCGGACGAGUUUUGCUGUGAUAAAGGCUUGCAUCCCUGAAGGAUCAGCACUCCUUUGUAUUAGCUUCUUUUUCAGGGACAGUGUGUGACUCAGUGGGUUAAAAGGCUGUGCCUAAAAUCAAAUCCCAGGGUUGGCAUAGAGAUUUUACUGUUGGGCCCUUGAGCAAAGACCUUAACACCCAAUUUCUCCACAAAUAAUCUGACCAUGCUUUCUAAAAAAGAAAAUGUAUGUCUGCUAAAUAAAUAAAAUGUUUUUUUUAA